UGAGUUAACUCUUCUUCUCCCCUUCAUUAGGUAUCACAGGAAACCAGCCAAAUCAACUGCACUUGAAUUCAGUGGGGCCUGCAUCCUCACAGAGCCCCAUGGGGAUGAACUUGCCUGGCCAGCAGCCUCUCUCCCACGAGCCCCCCACUUCCAUGAUGUCCUCGCCGAAUCCCCUGGGCUCCAACAUUCCAAUGCAUCCUGGUGCACAGGCCACAGGCGUGCCUCCCCCUACUCCCAUGAUGCUGCCUCCGGGGCCCCAAGACUCCAUGAAUCAGCCCUGUGGGCCUGUGCCCAACAAUUCUCAGAUGAUCCCUUCCAACCAGCUGGUGUUCCCGCGCAUGCAGCAGCCCCACAAUGCCAUGCAGUCUCCAGCUGCGGGUAUGCCCAUGACCCCAGGAGGUGGAGGAGGGGCUGGGAUACCGCAGCAUUACCCGCCUGGGAUGCCCUUGCCACCAGAGGAUCUUCCCUCCCAGCAACCUGGUCAGAUGCCCCCACAGCAGCACAUGAUGGGCAAGAAUAUCCCUCCACGGAUUGGAGAUCCCUACCCCCCUGUGCUUCCGGGUGUGGCUUCGGUACUGAAUGACCCUGAGCUUAGUGAAGUCAUCCGACCCACACCCACAGGCAUCCCUGAGUUUGAUCUCUCCAGGAUCAUCCCCUCAGAGAAGCCAAGCAGCACCUUGCAGUAUUUCCCCAAAAGUGACAGCCAAGCAUCGAAAUCACAGCCUUCCAACCUCCACCUCAUGAACCUGCAGAACAUGAUGGCUGAGCAGCCCCCCGCUCGGCCAGGCAUGACUGCCCCCAGCCUUCCAGGCCAGCAGGGCGUGCAGCGGGGACUCAACAUACCUAUAUGCCAUCCUGGACAAGUGUCCAUGCUGGGCAGGACAGGGAUGCCACCGCAGCAAGCCAUGAUGGGCAACAGCAUGCACCAGAGCAUGAUGUCUCCCCAGCAGAGCCUGAUGGCCCAGCAGAAUUUCAUGCUGAUGCAGGCUAAGCAGAGAAGCAUGUCUGUGUCAGGGGAAAUGUAUGCCCAGACGGGACAUAUGAUGUCACCUCAGGGCUCCCUCAUGGGGCCCCCACCUCAGCAGAACCUUAUGGUCACGCACCAGAUGAGGCAGAGGAGUGUUUCACUGGACAGCCAAAUGAGCUACAUCUCUGGGCCCGGGAACAUGGCAAACCUGCCUUUCUAAUCAUGCCCUGAGGGGCAGGGGCUGAUUGUAGAAACCUUUUUUAAACCUUUAUUUGGGUUAGGGUUGGGAGGCUGGGGCCUAUGGGGGUAUGGAGGGAGAUGUUUUUCAUAUUGAAUUUGCCUCUAUACGGAAAAACAGAUGUGCAGUAAAAUUGAUGUGACUCCUUUUUUGGGGGCAGGGAAGGGGUAUUAUUUUUGAAACCCAAGUGGUGACCGGGGGCUUCCAAACCCUACGGCAGUUUGUAAAAUCUUCCUUUAUUUUUUCCUUGUAGUGUGGGUUUUCUUUGUUUGUUUUAAACAACAACCAAAAUGUACAAGAAGAUUUUGAAUGAGUUGUAAAUAGGGCUGAGAGAGACAGAAACUUGUGCUGGUUUAAAAUUGUUCUGUAAUUUCUGUGUUUUAAUAGAAGCCUCAAUUAUUCAUUUUAAACUACAACAAAACUUAAACAAAUGUAGUAGGGUUUAAACUCUUGCAAAGGAGGUCCCAGGGCAGCCUCUUUCAUGCAUUGGAACAGUUUGUGUGCAGGGAUGUAUGGGUUUGAACAGAGCCCUGGGUACGUGUCUUAGGUCCUGAUUCUGCAGUCAGACCCUGUGGGCCUGUACAGGGAUACACCCAGUCACGGGGAUCCACCUGCAGGACUGGAACUGCUGACAUCUCUAAAACAGUAUUGGUUGGGGGAGUCAUUGGUCGUGGGGAUUGACAGCAGUUUCUAUCUGUCUCUGUUACAUGGCAAAGCUAUUAGCAGCAUGAGAAAUGAGAGUGCCCUUGAGGUCUGAUCCCAUUCUGCAAGUAACAAGUAAUUGGACCACAAGGUCUCCCUGCUCCCCUCUCCACCCCCAGGUGCUCUGUGUGAAUGCUCAGGAAUGGUGAGAACAGAAUGAACGCUGAGAUGUCUAUCUGGCUGAUUCCAUCCUGUGCUUCCUGGGUAUGUUGUGCAGAGGACAGGAGGGAACUUAACACACACACACACACACACACACACACACACACACACAUGUAUGCACUCUCUGCAGAGCAUCCCAUACCCCUUAUUGGCUCUGCUCCUGUUUAUCUCCUGUGUGAGUGCAGACAUCUUGCCCUGCUGCACUAUAGUCCUUGCCUUCUUUACACUCCUUUGCCUUCUGCGUGUGCACAUUUCUGUGGGAGAGCUGGCCUCAUGUACAAAACCCUGCAUUUUAGGGUAGAGAUGCUGCAAGCAUUUUCUGAGUCUUGGAAUCCCAGAUCUCCCUCAAGAGAAACCGCAUAGGCAGCUUGCCAGGAGAUGUAAAGUUAUCUGUACCCUGAACCACCACAGCCGUUGGCCUUAGAAUCUCUCCUCCACUGGCCAGUCCAUGUUACUCAUGGGAGCAUCUGGGACGUCUUUUCCACCACCACAUUAGGCUACUUAAAGCAUGCACUGCAAGCACAAGGGGUUUGGGAUUUUUUGGGGGGGAAGAGGGGCUGUGUCUGGCUCUUUCUGCCUGAGUGAUUAAAAGCUGGAGUGUGUAGACCUCCCACCUUUCCCUCCAACACUCAGCCUUGCUGAGAAAUGUCCUGACUUGUUGAAUCUCCAUUCUGUCCACAUUAUCCCCAUGUCAGUAAGAGCCUGCAAGUUGCAAUAUGCAUGAGCUGUGUAGAACAGCAAGAGGGCUUGCAGAGGCAGUGGGAGCAAUGGCUUUCUUGGUAACAGAAAGGUAAGGUGAGGGUGACAUUAUUUAUCCCAUGUUAGAUUGCAUGUUAUUUUGGAAGGAGCAAGGUCUACAGUCCAACUAAACUGAAUACAAAAGGGAAAUUCUGGUACUUUGCAGGGCUGUUGGCCCUCCUGGAGCACUUUUUGUUUGGUCGUCAGAGCAACCAACUGGGAUGCCAUAAUCAACCUUCACUGUCCUAUCAGUCCUCGUGAUGUCUAAAUCUGGGGGCCAAUAGUGCUGAGUGGUGCCUUUUUUGCUUGCGGUACCAUCUCCCAAACAGGUCUAGUUCAUCAGCGAUAUGGUGGGAGGCUUUCAGGGAUGAAGGGUAGCCAUCUCUUGUUAGGCCUCAGCAGAGCAUUUGCUCUGUCACCCUCUGCUGUGAGCUGGGUCUAGUCUUGUCUUGUGUUUUAUUGCUUGAUUUGUUAGCUUGCGUUUUGUGUGCUGAAUUCCACCCAGUUAUGGUUAAGCCCCCGUGUUUCUAACUACGAUAUGUCAGUGUUUUUUCUUGCACCAAUCAAAGGAAAAUAACAGGAAACCGUGUCUUUCCAAUGCAAUUUUAAGCAAUCAUGCCCAGAAUUAGCUUUCAUGUCCAGGUAACAGCAACUGACCCCUUUCUCUGUCAUCUCAUGGAGAAACUUCCCCAGUCAUUUUGUAACAUUAUAUAAAUAUAAAUAUAUAUAUAUAUAUAUAAAAAUAUAAAUAUAUAAAUACAAUAUGUGAAGACAUCUUAUUGGUUUUUAUUUUGAAACAAUUUUUAGGCUUGUUUUUUGGGUAUCUGUGCUGCCUGUAAUGUAUUGACCUGUUUUAUAGGUGCCUUUUUAUUAAAAAGAGACAUUUCAAAACAA